GUGGAUACGUUUUUCCCGCUUGCUCUACGAAACCUCAACAUUUCCAAUUAUUUUCAGCCAAGAAAUUCGCUACAGGAAAUCAGUUCCAGAUCCACCUCUAGCCUACCAUGUCUGAACCGGGUUCUGGUUGUGGUGUUCCAGCCCAGAGAAGCUCACAGCCUGGUCCAGAGAUGCUGUCAGUGAUGCUGGAUAACUGCAGUCAAACAGUGGAAUUCAAUGUGAUUGUCAAGGAGGAGGGCGAGGAGAGAGAAAUCAAUGAGGGGGAGGAGGAAGAGAGAGAGGAGGACAGGAACUCUGUUGACUCAGGAGAGGGCCCCAACCCCGGCCCAGACAACGAGCCCAGUUCCACAGCAUCAAGACUACCUUUGCGUGGGAGUUACCCAUGCCCUCAAUGUGAGAAGAGUUUCAGUUCCUCAACUAACCUAAAGAAUCAUCAAAGAGUACACACUGGAGAGAAACCUUUCGACUGCUCAACAUGUGGGAAGAGUUUCAGUGAGAAAGUAAACCUUAAGAGACAUGAGAGAGUGCAUAGUGGAGAAAAGCCUUACCACUGUACCACAUGUGGGAAGAACUUCAAUCAUUCAGGAAGCCUUAAGCAACAUCUGCGAAUACAUACAGGGGAGAAACCUUACCACUGCUCUCUUUGCGGGAAGAGUUUCAGUCGGGCAGGAGACCUGAAGACUCACCAGAGAUCCCACAGUGAAGAGAAGCCUUACCACUGCUCUCUUUGUGGGAAGAGUUUCAAUCAGCCAGGAAACCUAAAAAGUCAUCAGCGAAUACACAUUGGAGAGAAGCCUGCCUGUGCUUUAAAUUUGAUUGUCAAAGAGGAGGAGGAUGAGAAGGAAAUCGAUGAGAAGGAAAAGAGAGAUGUUGAGGAAGAAACUAGCCGUGUAAUUGACCUCGGUACAUCAAGACUUCCUGGUCGUGGGAGUUACCCCUGUCCUCAAUGUGGAAAGAGUUUCAGUUCUUCGGGUAAUCUAAAAAAUCAUGAGAGAGUACAUACUGGAGAGAAACCGUUCCACUGUGCCACAUGUGGGAAGAGUUUCAGUGAAAAAGUCAACCUCACGAGACACGAGAGGGUACAUAGUGGAGAGAAGCCUUACCACUGCACCCAAUGCGGGAAGAGUUUCAAUCAUUCUGGAAGCCUUAAGGAACAUCAAAGAGUACACACAGGGGAGAAGCCUUACCACUGCUCUCUUUGUUGGAAGAGUUUCAGUCAGCCAGGAAAUCUUAAGAAACACCAGAGAAUACAUACAGGGGAGAAGCCUUACCACUGCUCUCUGUGCGGAAAGAAUUUUCGUUUCGCAGGAGACCUAAAGAAUCAUCAGAGAUCACACAGUGGAGAGAAGCCUUACCAGUGCUCUCUGUGUGGGAAGGGAUUCACUCAGCUAAGAAUUCUUAAAAGUCAUCAGAGGAUACAUAUUGGAGAGACGCCUGUCUGUGCUUUCAAUGUAUUUCUCCAGGAGGAGGAGAGUGAGAGGGAAAUCAAUGUGGAGGAAAAGAGAGAUGUUGAGGAAGAGGAAGACAAUAGUGGUGUAGUUGACCCAGAUAUAUCAAGACUACUUGGCCGUGGUCGUUACCCCUGCCCUCAAUGUGAGAAGAGUUUCCGUUCCUCAAGUAAUCUAAAAAAUCAUCAAAGAGUACACACCGGAGAGAAACCUUUCCACUGCUCCCAAUGUGGGAGGUGUUUCAGUGAGAAAGUAAACCUUAAGAGACAUGAAAGAGUACAUAGUGGAGAGAAGCCUUACCACUGCACCACAUGUGGGAAGAGUUUCAAUCAUUCAGGAAGCCUUAAAGAACAUCAGAGAAUUCAUACAGGUGAGAAACCUUACCACUGCUCACUGUGCGGAAAUAAUUUUCGUUUUGCGGGAGACCUAAAGAAUCAUCAGAGAUCACACAGUGGGGAGAAGCCUUACCACUGCACUCAGUGUGGAGAGAGAUUCACUCAGCUAAGAAGUCUAAAAAGGCAUGAGAGAAUGUCCAUUGGAGCGAAGCCUGCCUGUGCUUUCAAUGUGAUUGUCCAAGAGGAGGAAGAGGAGGGAGGAGAGAGAGAAGUUGAGGGAGAGGAGAGUAACUUGAAAUAAAGGUGAAGUGAGGAAACUUAAGCUAACUCAAUAGCUAUUGAAAUUCACACCUUUCCUUGCAAUGGCAUCUUCUGUGCCAACAUGGUCAUGAACAGCACCAUUUAGGGCUAUCUUCAUCUUCUUAUACUUCUAUGAGUGUAUUGGAAGUUCACAAAUUAACUCAACUUGAAUACCACCACCACCUAAUGUGCUAGAGAGUGUAUAAAUCUGACCUUUAUUUUGACAUGGAGUCAAUACUGAGACCGAGGUCUCUUUUCCAGAUGAGGCCUGUAUAGCACCACGAUACACAUUAAACUACCAAUUCAUAUACACAUGAAUACACAAUAAACACAUGCAACUACACAUUCGUAUGCACGUUAAACUACAUGUUAUUGUACACAACAAUACACGAAAACCAAAACAAACAUAUUCGGUAACAAGGUCUCAUAACAACCGUCUGAAGGCACUAAUUCCUGCAUUGCAGAUCAUUCCACCCACAAGGCGCAAGGUAACGAAAGGCUGAUCUACUUAAAUCUCUAGACACCAAAGGAGGCUGAUCUACUUAAAUCUCUAGACACCAAAGGAGGCUGAUCUACUUAAAUCUCUAGACACCAAAGGAGUCUCUAAAGUUAAUAAAUCCUCUUAUGGAUUGGACCCCUUUUUUUUCCCCUCCAAUUUUCACCUAAAAUGACCCAAAUCUAACUGCAUGUAGCUCAGGACCUGAAGCAAGGAUAUGGAUAUUCUUGAUACUCGCAGGAAUGAUGGAUCAUUAACUUAUACAUUAACUUUCACACAUCUAGAUGGCCGGGCAGGUUGGGUGUGGAGCCAGAGACAGCAGGGGUUCAAACUGGAGAAUCCAGUUUCUAUAUUUAAAUAGAACAAUAACAAUUUAAUGUAUCAAAUAAAACUAUGCUCCAUUUUUUCUCUGGCUGUGGUAAGUUUUUGUUGUUGUUAUGCAUUCUCCUCAAAUAGCAUGGUAUUUUUCCUCUAUAAUAGCUACUGUAAAUUGAACAGUGUAGUAAGAUUAACAGAAAUUUAAGCUUUCUGCCCAUAUAAGACAUGUCUAUGUCGUUACUUACAAUAGUCAUGCUAAUCAAAUUAGCGCACGUUAGCACAACCGUCCCGGUUAUAGGGACACCAAUCCCGUAGAGUUUUUUAACCAAACCUGUGAACGGGUUUGAGGCAGCUGCUCUUUUAUAAAUUGUAUCACCAUAAUUGAGGACAGGUUGACUGCCAAAUCUGUUUCCUGCUGACUGGAGAGAGACUAGAUCUGUUUUUGUAAAAAAAAAAAAAAAAAAGCUCAUCUUUCUAGUGUUGACCAUUGUGACGUCAUACAUUUCAUUGUAAACAUAAACAUCGGAUGGUGAGAACAGAGGAUUUUUUACCAACAGCCAAUGGGAUGACAUCACAGAAGCUCUCGUCAUUCAAACUUCCUGCCAGUUCAUUGUGAACGCUUUAAAAUGGGAUGACAUCACAGAAGCUCUCGUCAUUCACACUUCCUGCCAGUUCAUUGUGAACGCUUUAAAAUGGGAUGACAUCACAGAAGCUCUCGUCAUUCACACUUCCUGCCAGUUCAUUGUGAACGCUUUAACCUAUUUUAUAUCCAGCAAGGUUCUUCUUUCCCCAUUGUUUUAUAUACAUUUGUUUUUUUUACUGCUCAAAAUAAGUGACCAAACUACAGGGUUUUUAGGGAAGGGUUUAGGGAAGGGUUUAACAUGUCUAAACUGCUGAAGGUUUCCAAAAAGCACAGUGGUCUCCAUCAUUGGGUUAUGGAAGAGUUUAACAUGUCUAAACUGCUGAAGGUUUCCAAAAAGCACAGUGAUCUCCAUCAUUGGGUUAUGGAAAAAAUAUGGAACUACCCAGAAUUGGCCUGGAGCUGGCCAUCUGACCAAACAGAGCAACCGGGCAAGAAGGACCUUGUUCAGGCAGGUGACCAAGAACCCAAUGACCACUGACGGAAUUCCAGUGUUCCUGGGCUGAGAUGGGAGAACCUGCCAGAAGGACAACCGUCUCUACAGAGCACUUUAUCUGGACUUUAUGGGAGAGUGGCCAGACGGAAGCCACUCCUAAGAAAAAGGCACAUGACAGCAGGCCUGGAGUUUGCAAAAAGGCACGUUAAAAAGACUCACGAGAGCAUAAGGCAAAAAUAUUCUGUGGUCUGACGAGACAAACAUUUAACUAUUUGGCCUGAAUGCAAAGCUCUAUGUCUGAAGGGGAAAGAAACAGGAACAGUUCAUCAUCCGUCAAACACUAUCCCUACCAUGAAGCAUGGUGGUGGCAGCGUGAUGCUUUUCAGUGGCAGAUACUGGGAAGCAUGGUGGUGGCAGCGUACUGCUUUACAGUGGCAGGUACUGGGAAGACUGAUAAGGAUAUAGGGAACAAUGAAUGAAACCAAAUUAGGGCUGACCCCAUUUUUAGUAUACUGGUCGAUUGUUUGGUCGAUAGGUUGUUGGUCAACCGAGAUUUCUUUAGGUGUGCAGUCACAAAUAUAUAUUUAUGUGUAUAUAUAUGUAUAUAUAUUGUCACGGUGCUAAAACAUAAUGUUCAGUGCGCUGUUGAAUUUGGCGCCAUUUCCUAGACCAUGUUGCUAUGUGCAUAACAGCAAAGUUAACCCUCGUAUUGGUGUUGUUUACACUAUUCCCAACAGGCAGAAGAAUAAUAUUGUAAUCUUAAAACAGCCUCUGUUUGUCACGCAUAAUAUGCACGCAGCUCUGGCUCCUAUACCCUCCUUCUUUCUCUUGAUCUCGUGCAUCUCUGUUGUCAUUGUCGCGAUCGUCAUUAUAAUAACGUCAUUGUCAUUCGUAGGCUUCUUUAUCAUAGUACUCGUCGAUAACCACCAUCGGGCUGUAGGCUUAAGAGCGCGUCCUGUUUUAGUCUUAAUACUGUAACGUCGCUCGACUGUGUCAAUCAAUCGUUUGUUCGUUUUCGUUUCGUGUCAUCGCACAGCACGCGAGUCAUUCAUGCAAUCAAGCGUUUUAGUUUUAACAUCAAAAGAACAAAGGGAGUUUUGGGUAAUUAGCCAAAACAAUAAAUAAACCGGCCUGAACAAUAAAUAAAUAAACCGCAAUUCACAAAUCCAUGCAACUGUUUUACUCUUUGCUGUAAAUAAAGGAUUUAUAUAUAUUUUUUCUUUUACAAAAGAAAUGAAUGUAGUGUUGUUUACGGUGUUCCAAACAUGUUUCAAUGGUUGAGGGAGCAGGGGAUGUUUUUCCUAAACAAAUGAGGUGUUUUGGGUCAGAGAAACAAGUAAGAAACACAACUGGUGUAAUUAUGGUGCAGCUUCAGCACGGACAGCAGAGAUAAACACUGUGGUGUGGGGCCUGUUCACUGCAGUAGGGAAGAGAGAGACAGAGAUAAAUACUGUGGUGUGGGGCCUGUUCACUGCAGUAGGGAGGAGAGAGAGACAACAGAGAUAAACACUGUGGUGUGGGGCCUGUUCACUGCAGUAGGGAAGAGAGAGACAGAGAUAAAUACUGUGGUGUGGGGCCUGUUCACUGCAGUAGGGAGGAGAGAGAGACAACAGAGAUGAACACUGUGGUGUGGGGCCUGUUCACUGUAGUAGGGAGGAAAGAGACAGAGAUAAAUACUGUGGUGUGGGGCCUGUUCACUGCAGUAGGGAGGAGAGAGAGACAGAGAUAAACACUGUGGUGUGGGGCCUGUUCACUGUAGUAGGGAGGAGAGAGACAGAGAUAAACACUGUGGUGUGGGGCCUGUUCACUGCAGUAGGGAGGAGAGAGAGACAACAGAGAUAAAUACUGUGGUGUGGGGCCUGUUCACUGCAGUAGGGAGGAGAAAGAGACAACAGAGAUGAACACUGUGGUGUGGGGCCUGUUCACUGCAGUAGGGAGGAGAGAGAGAGACAACAGAGAUGAACACUGUGGUGUGGGGCCUGUUCACUGCAGUAGGGAGGAGAGAGACAGAGAUAAACACUGUGGUGUGGGGCCUGUUCACUGCAGUAGGGAGGAGAGAGACAGAGAUGAAUACUGUGGUGUGGGGCCUGUUCACUGCAGUAGGGAGGAGAGAGAGACAGAGAUAAACACUGUGGUGUGGGGCCUGUUCACUGUAGUAGGGAGGAGAGAGACAGAGAUGAAUACUGUGGUGUGGGGCCUGUUCACUGCAGUAGGGAGGAGAGAGACAGAGAUGAAUACUGUGGUGUGGGGCCUGUUCACUGUAGUAGGGAGGAGAGAGAGACAGAGAUAAACACUGUGGUGUGGGGCCUGUUCACUGUAGUAGGGAGGAGAGAGAGACAGAGAUAAAUACUGUGGUGUGGGGCCUGUUCACUGCAGUAGGGAGGAGAGAGACAGAGAUGAACACUGUGGUGUGGGGCCUGUUCACUGCAGUAGGGAGGAGAGAGAGACAGAGAUAAACACUGUGGUGUGGGGCCUGUUCACUGUAGUAGGGAGGAGAGAGAGACAGAGAUGAACACUGUGGUGUGGGGCCUGUUCACUGCAGUAGGGAGGAGAGAGACAAUAGAGAUAAAUACUGUGGUGUGGGGCCUGUUCACUGCAGUAGGGAGGAGAGAGAGACAACAGAGAUAAAUACUGUGGUGUGGGGCCUGUUCACUGCAGUAGAGAGGAGACAGAGAUAAAUACUGUGGUGUGGGGCCUGUUCACUGCAGUAGGGAGGAGAGAGACAGAUAAAUACUGUGGUGUGGGGCCUGUUCACUGCAGUAGGGAGGAGAGAGAGACAACAGAGAUGAACACUGGUGUGGGGCCUGUUCACUGCAGUAGGGAGGAGAGAGAGACAACAGAGAUGAACACUGGUGUGGGGCCUGUUCACUGCAGUAGGGAAGAGAGAGACAACAGAGAUAAACACUGUGGUGUGGGGCCUGUUCACUGCAGUAGGGAGGAGAGAGAGACAACAGAGAUGAACACUGGUGUGGGGCCUGUUCACUGCAGUAGGGAAGAGAGAGACAACAGAGAUGAACACUGGUGUGGGGCCUGUUCACUGCAGUAGGGAAGAGAGAGACAACAGAGAUAAAUACUGUGGUGUGGGGCCUGUUCACUGCAGUAGGGAGGAGAGAGAGACAACAGAGAUAAAUACUGUGGUGUGGGGCCUGUUCACUGCAGUAGAGAGGAGAGAGAGACAGAGAUAAAUACUGUGGUGUGGGGCCUGUUCACUGCAGUAGGGAGGAGAGAGAGACAGAGAUAAAUACUGUGGUGUGGGGCCUGUUCACUGCAGUAGGGAGGAGAGAGACAACAGAGAUAAACACUGUGGUGUGGGGCCUGUUCACUGCAGUAGGGAGGAGAGAGAGACAACGUGCGCCUGUCACACAGGCACUCGCUUUAAUUUAUUUUUAACACAGUGUGGCCAUCGGGCUCCCUCUUCAGUCAUUUGUUUGUCUUAUUUCUUUCAUCAAAUGGUGUGCUUAAGCAUCAGACAAGCUCGUGCAUAUAGUUGAUGUUAUUCAAACACAUGGAAAAAUACACGUUUAAACAUUUCGACCAAUCGAUUGGUCAAAAAAAAACAGACAACUCUCGGUCGACCAAAUUGUACAUUUUUUUUGUAGGGAAAAGCUCUAAGCCAAAUAAAGGCAAAUCCUUGAUGAGAACAUGCUUCAGAGUGCAAACGACCUUAGACUGGGGUGAAGAUGACUUUCCAA